AUGUGUAGGAAAGUGACAAGCAGUGAACACAAAGGGAGCAGUUUCGUUAUUCAUCAAGAAAAAUUACGUCAGAGAGUUUUCAAGUACCGACAGCGACGCGUCGCAACUACUGUACCUUUGUAUUGGGUACUCCUCCAAGUUUUUAUGUACUUAGCCACUCAAGUACGUAAAUCGGUUCUGACGCUGUAUAUUUGUACUAUAAAAUUUUACGUACUUCCUAUUUGGGAAUUUUACGUACUUGUCUUUUUUGUGCCUCGUUUGAGUAGAUCAUACAAAUAG